AUGUCAGUUACCGGGCAAGGGACACCGCUCACUCAACCACUCGCUGAUGCCGCUCACCGACGAGGAAACGUUCCGACUGGCAUUGAAGACCAUGUACGGGGAGCCAGCCGUCCGAAGGGCAAGCCCCCGCUGUGGGUAGUCGAUCGCACCCUGGAGCCGCAGAUGAUAGGAAAAUUCAUCAGCUUUCUCUCUUUUGGCCAUCUGCCUGGCGGUAGGAAAACAUCACUCCCACGACCGACGGCCAGAGAGGUGCUCAGGAUCGUGCGGCCCUUCUCCGAGUGGGCUCUGCCGCCUCACAACCACAGCAACCGAUCAACAGUUGACUGGAUGGGCGUGCGAAUCGGUUCCUACGAAGAUGGGGCGCGGCUUAUGGUAAUCUCAAAGGAGCUUCACUCUAUGAAGACCAGAGUGUGGGAGGGCCUUGCUCCCCUGUCCGAGAGGCGCUGGAAGGAUCUGAAGCUGGACGAUCCCCAAAAUUUCCACGCUGCCUGCCAGUACUUGGUGGCCGUCACCAACGUGUUUCACUAUCUGAACCAUAGAGUGGUCAAGGACAAUCUGCGAAAGACGUGCAAUCUCAUCUGGGAUCAUCUCAAGCCAUACGAGGAAGCCAUCAACGCCCUGCGAAGCGCCGCCUCGCCCGAAGGCUACCACCAACCCGUUUCCGUCACGAGCCUCUGGUACGAAUUCAUCAGCGCCCACUACAAGUACAUCUCUGCCAGAGCUCACCAGUGGGUGAUUGAGCACGUCUACCGUCUCAGGGCGCCAAUCGCAGCAGCCCUUGACAUCCACAAGCCGGUAGCUCCAGGUGCCCACGACGCAAUCCAAUGGUAUCUCACCAACAAGAUUCACGAUCUGCAGGGAAACGUUGUGCACGCUGACAGCACCAUCUUCAUGCCUACCGACGGCUACAAGGGUGACCCGCUACCAGCGCAGGAUAACGUGCUGUUGACUGAACAGGAUCGACGACCCUUUCGCGAGCAGCCCAUCACCUGGCAUGCCAAUCAAGAGCGGCGCGUAGCCGACUAUACUGCACGACUCAGAUACGUGGCGCGACAGGAACAAUACAAGGAAGUCGCUCAGGCCGGGGUGCAAAAUCUUGUCUCCCGUCCUAUGAACGACCCUACGGAAAUUACCCUCAUCAUCCGCAGCGAACUUAGUAGUCAAACAAUUACCCGGAGGGAACUUCGUGGGGAACCCGAACCACUGGGGUUGGGUCUCUGGCUCGAUUAUCUCAGGAACAAUGUUGAUAGCAAGCUACUUAAAUGGAGCUAUGUUGCGUAUCGGCUCGACCAUGAGCACAAUGAUGGCCAAUGGAACUACUUCAAAGAGAGGUUUGAAGCCGACAGUGCCGACUGGGGCCAAGAGUAUGCAGGAAUUGACGAAAUCCGAAAUAUCUCCAAGAUCCACUGGUUGGACGGAAAGGAGUUGGGUAUCGAAGACGGAAACAUAGAGGCUGCCAAGAAACAUUUUAUGGAAUUCGUCAAGUCUGAAAAUGCGCCCAGGCAGGCUCGUCAGAAGAUGUUCCUUGUGGCCGAUGGCGAUGUUCUUCGAUCGUACUUGAAGCCAGGGAGAGUCAAAGAGGGCUUUAUCCUAGCAGUAGACGCUAAAUUUGAUCCUCUCGAAGCCACACCCGAUGAGCAAUCUCCCGGAUACAACGGAUCUGUGCGAGUGCUCGGAAGUUUGCUGUGGGACGACCUCGGCGCCAUGGGCCUGAUGCAAAAUCAGGGGCUCAGGGAUCUCUGGCCUUUGGCCUUCAACAAUCCAUCGCGUAUUUAUGAGGGGCCACUGCCAAGGUCGGUAAUGCCAUCGGGGGCCCCAGUCGCAGAGAGCGUGGCCAUGGCCCAGAGGUAUUCCGCGCCCCAGCAGGUUUCUUGGAUUGUGGUUGCAUGCAUUCUAGGAAACUACUUCUUUGGCGGGUCGGAGCAGUGA